CUCUUGUUUUACUGCUGCUUCUCAAGCAAGGCUGUCUCAAAAUAUCUACCUAGCCACAGGGAGGUAGCAACCCAUAGACCCCAAACCUGUCCGAGCUACCACAUCAAACAACGCCCCUUGUAGCCCUCACCAAAGACCUGCUAGAAAACACAACUGUCUCCGUUGCCCAGCAAACAAUGAGAACUGAAACCUUUGAGACGGGCCAUGAGACUGAGAUCGCCCACACCACUGUGAGCGGUAAACGAACCCCCAUCUCAACAGCCCUGCAUCCAACCCCCUACCCUACCACUGCCAUCAACUCCUCCACAGAAUGGAUGUCCAAAUCCUCCAGGACGUCCAGUGACUGGUAGGUCUCAGUGCCUGAUCACCAUCGCUGUGCUGGCUGCUGUAAUGACGUUCAUUGUUAGCACCGUCAUCCUGACCAAGCUGAGGGGCAGCAGGUACAGACACGGGCCAGCAGCUACAGGGGCAGAGCACAGAGAUGGUGUGCAAUGGUCCCCACCAGUACUACUGAUUGAGGCCAGGGGAGAUCCAGACGUCCCAAAAGCAACGUAACCCUGAUGUCCAGCAGAGGAUGGGGACAACCUCACUCUCAACAGCUCCAUCCCAGACCUUGACGGAGAAUCCCAGUACCAUUCAGUCCAGAGGAGACACCAGCCAGACAUACAAUCUGAUUCUGAAGGAAAGAUGAGGCACCACUUGAUUCUUCACCUGUCAUGUGUGAGUCUGGUUAUGCUCUGGGGCCAUGGCUGUGCCAGGCAUGUGCCAAUGGUCUACAGCAUUUCCAUGGAUGGCAGUGGUGACGGAGGGGAGCCGGAUCUUAUAUUCCCCGUUGAUAGCCCCCACCACCCUGUCUCCCCCACCGUCGAUGUCUCCCCCACCGUCGAUGUCUCCCCCACCGUCGAUGUCUCCCCCACUGCCGAUGUCGCCCCCACCGUCGAUGUCGGCCCCGUUGAUGUCUCCCCUGUCUCCCCCACCACUACCCUAGCCCCCACCCUGGUCAGCACCAUCACCAACACCAUCACCACCACCAUGAUCCGCCUCAAGGACUUUAUGGUCACCCGGGUGGUGGACUUCCUCCAGGAUAAUAUGCUGAUCAUCAUUGUGGUCACCUCCCUCCUCAUUGUCAUGAUCUUCAUCAUCUGCUGUGCCGCUACCAUGAGCCAAAAGCGCAAGUUGGAGGCCUACAAACUCCCUGCCAACUCACCCAGCAAGUACAUGGACCACACGGCGGAAGGAGUCAAAUCCUCCAGUGAGGUCCAGACUAGGGUGUGCGGCGGGCCUGACUCAGCCAGGAGGGUCCAGAUCCAGGGAACCCCCAAGAAUCUGCGCACCCCUUCUGCUGCGCUGGUGGGGGAAAAGGUGGGCAAGGAGCCCAAACCGAAGGAGGUCCAGAAAGUGAAGGAUGUAGAGGAGAAGGAGACGCGGAGAGUGGAGCCUAAGCACAAAGGGCAGAAGGCUGAGGAGGUGCAGCAAUGCUCCAGCCCCAGCACCAGCCAGCCUAUGGUCUGCACCUGCCACCUGAGGAAGGCCAACCACUAAGUAUAGGUUGGGGCUCCAACCAUGUAAACUAGCAAAAAAAGGAGAGAGAAACCUUUUCUUGUGCGGAGGGAACUCCCUGGGUAUGUCCGCUGCAGUGUGCCAAACUUGUAUGUGGAAUCUGACCUUGUGGAUACCUUUUAGCAUACAGAUACUGUACAAUUAGGUCUAAAGAGCAUACUAUCAGGCCUUAAAAACAUAAUGAAUUUCAGCCCUGACUCCUUUUUGAUAUAUCUGAUAAUUUAUUCCUCCUAUACUUUCCUUGUUGUAGAAAAGUCAUUGUGAAAUAUGAGAUUUGUUCAUCAAUUGAUAGCUUUCAAAGCGACAUAUCAAAACAUAUACCAAGACAGUGUUUAUAGGAUGUUUGCAUGUUAUUACUGUUGGGAAAUUGUACUGCUCAGUUAAGCUUAACUAAAGAGAUGUAGAUCACACAGAAAAAAGAAAGUUAUCUUCUGUGAACGAUAGAAAGCCAAGCUUAUUUCUGUUUGCUAACUCUAUGGUGAUAACCUGGCCAGUUGAUUUCAACACAGUAAAUGAUUGAUGUGAGAAAAUGUAUUUUCUUUUAGCAAUGGACUUCUUUUUCUCUUUUACUUCAUUAGAAAUGUUACAAUUAUAUACACGUCACACUGGGUGCUUUGUGGAUUAAUAUUGAAGAGAAUUUGCUAAUGCUAUAUGGAUAGACGGUAGAGCUGCUUUUGUUUUUGUAUUACAUUAUCUAUUUUUCCGAACAUCAAAACAACUGUGAUUUGCAGGUGCGAGUAUGUGGUUACAAAGGUCAGUGGAAGUUUUUAUUAAAAAUUGACUUACAUUACUCAAGUAAAUUAAAAUCCCCAAAUUCUCCUGAAUCCCUUUAAGGAUUGUUUUACAGUGACCCUCAGCUCUGCUGUACAUUAUGGUCAUUUUGUUUGGUAAUGGAUCUUAUUUUAUUUUUGUCCAGUUUCAAUAGAGAUUUUGUUGAUAUUUGUUUUUCUGGAAAUUGUGUAAAAGACUUGCAUUGAGUGUGAGAUUUCACCAUGUUCAUUAAGUGUUUCUAAAACAUACACUGAACAAAAAUAUAAACGCAACCUCUAAAGCGUUGGUCCCA